UGUGUUCAGCAUCAAACAUCUAAUACACCAUCUGAUGCAUUUACUGGAGAAUGAGCAUCUCAUCUCGACUGAUGUAAUUAUGUAUUCCCUGUGUGUCGGACUGCUGGAUCAAGAUUCUUUUUAAAACAUUUUUAAUCCAAAUCAGAGUUUGUAUCCACAUGUUUGUAUUUUUUUAGGAAUGCAAAGUAGCACAGAUUAAUAUUUUUAGCAGAAAAAUACUGUUUUGAAAAGCUACAAAAUGAAAUGCUGUGGAGGGAUCAUCCUCAUCUUACUGGGGCUGUGUAUCCAGGCUUCAUCUACAGCAAAUAAUACAACACAAGCUUACUACUUUAAUCUUCAAAUUGAGUCAAGUGCAUUUGAAAAUUUCACUCGGCUGCUUGGAAACAUUACAGAAUUCAUGGUUGAUCAGGCCAAAUUAACAAACAUCACCAUAACAACAGACUGUCAUUUCAACAACUGUACAUGUAAUCCAAGCUACACUUGGAGUGGGGAUGUGUGUGCAAUGCAUCCUAAUUGCUGCCAGCAUAACAUAUGCCCAACUAAUGCUACGUGCCUCCAUAAAGACAGAGUGUAUGUUAAUGGAUCAUUUACAAUUCAAAAUCGUACAUUCCCUUCAACCAUUAAUGGAACACUACAGCUACAAGAAAACCUUACUGCAAAUAUGAUGUUGUUUUACAGCACCAUGAACUGGUUUGACUCGCUGAGUAUUUCAAAUCUCAGUCCAGGUAGUAUCAUCGGCAACCUUGUAAUGCUAAUAAAUGGUCCAUUUGACAUGAACCAAUUUCUGACACUGACAACCAUCCUGCAAACUGAAUUAAAUGCCAUUUUUAACAUUACAACAACAGGUUUUAUAAAAAUUGAAGCACCAGCUAUGAUUGGUUAUAACACCAGUGCUAAAGUCAAAUGCACCACUCCAUUGGAUACACUAGAUGAUGUGAAGUGGUACAUACAAAAAGAUACAAAUAAACAACGUAUCACUAAUGGCACAGAAGCUACUGUGUCUAUGGAUUUAUUAACAAGCAUUGUUUAUAUUACACAUACUUCUGAAGUUUGGAAUGGGAUAUUUAUAUGUGACUACACAUCUAAAGAUUAUAGCAGAAUUAUACACAGAGCAAGUGUAUAUUUGGAUGUUGCACUUUUGCCCCAAAUCUUUAUCAUCAGUGACCCACAAUUCCCAAAGUGUAAAGGGCCAAAUUUUGUGAACAAGAUUGAUAUCCAGGUUAAAUGUAUCAUAGACAACAGCACCGAACCUUACAAUGUUACCUUCUGGUCUAAAGAAGGUCAAAUUUUAUACUCAAUUUUUACCAAAACUACUACAAUCUACACAACCUCUAUCUACUGUACAGACCAAAAUGAGCAGUAUGUUGUUUCAUGUACUUUUCAAAACAGAGCAAAUAACACAAGAAGUGAAACUGUAAUUAUACCAGUCAUUUAUCCUCACUCAGUGGUUUGCUUAGAAGGUGGUGGCUGGCCAGAAGCAAAGGCUAAUUACACUGCCAAAAUGCAAUGUAAUACUAAUGAAGUUGGUUCUCAAUCAAGACUGUGCAAAGCAACCACAAGUAUUGGGAAUUAUGAACCAGUAAAUUCUCAAUGUGUAAAUUCAGACCUUUGGACAUUGCUGAUUCAAACGCAGAAUCUUCAGAAAGGAUGUGGGCUUGUUGAAGAUAACGCAAACAAUCUGUUUAGCCUUUUAAAGACGACAAGUGAGGAUCAGGUCAUUAAUACGUUUCAAAAUAUUAAUGUGUCAGUGAAUGUAUUUGACACCCUGAAUGAUGCUUCUCAAAGGCAAAAUUCUACAUUCAGUAAAUACAUGAUUACUGACUUUGUGAAAUCUACAAGCAAUCUUUUGAAUGACAGUUUAUUAGAUAAUUGGCAAUCUGUUGAAACAAAUACAUUGCCCAUUAUUUUUUUAAAAGCUGUUGAAGGAGUGGUAAGUCGAAUCAACGUAAGCAUGGAAAAACCAUACGAAGAGAAAAAUGUACAACUAAUGAUAUGUAACACAUCUUUGAGCACAUGCUCAAAUGAAUCCAAUGUCAAUUUUAUGGAUGGAAAGGCAACAGAGACAGUUUAUCAAACUAGGAUAAAUAAUCUAUAUAAUCUGCUACCAAAAUAUCACAAGGACACUGUGCCAAGUGAAUUUAUAUUGUCAGUUACUUCUAACAAAUCAAGCAAAAUCUCAAUGAACUUCCCAAAACAAAGACUUCCAAACCACAAGAUAUUCUGUGUGUUUUUUAAUUUUACAACAAAUAAGUGGUCUGAUGAUGGUUGUACUUGGGGAGGUGUACUUAAUCCAAAUAUUUGUAUAUGUAAUCACUUUUCUGCUUUUACAUCUCUAAUGUCUACAACACCGGUGGAACUAAUUUAUUUGGAUAAGAUAACUUAUACAGGUUUAGGGUUCUCAAUUUGUUCACUUGUUCUAUGUUUAGCAAUUGAGUUUGUGGUAUGGAACACUGUGGUAAAGUCCAAUAUCUCCCACUUUAGACACACUGUCUUAGUAAAUAUUGCACUUUGUUUGUUGCUAGCACACUGUAGCUUUUUAGCCAGUUCCACUAAAAAUUCAACUCUCAGCCAGUGGUGUAUGACUCUUACUGUUUUGAAACAUUUUUGCUUCUUGGCUGUGUUUUUCUGGAUGUUGUGCAUGAGUAUGGGGCUCCUACACCAAAUUAUAUUUGUUUUUGUUCAGUUAAGAAAAAAGGUAUAUCUGGGAUUAUGUUUUUUUCUUGGUUAUGUCUGUCCUUUAUUUAUUGUAAUAGGUGCAGUAAUCACGUAUGGCACUGGUUCCAUUAACUCAUACUAUGUAAAUGAGACAUGUUGGUUAAAGUAUGAAGGAGAACUACAAGGGUCAAUCCAUUCCUUUGUUAUUCCUGUUGGUGUAAUUGUGCUUGUGAAUAUGUUCACUAUGGUUGUGGUUAUUAGCAGGAUUUUAAAACCCACUUUGUCUGAGGGAAAAAGUUAUGAUGAAAAGGAAGUUGUACGAAGUGUUAUCAGAACUGUUGUCCUCCUAACCCCUACACUUGGAAUAACAUGGAUCUUUGGCUUCUUUAUUCUAUCAGUUGACCUCACAUAUGAGCCAUUUGCUCAGAUUGUGAAUUAUGGCUUUACAGUUUUCAAUUCUUUUCAGGGCUUCUUCAUUUUAUUAACAGGAUGUUUUGGGGAGAAAAAGGUUCGAGAUGCACUGUUUAUGCGUAUGAGAUCACAGCAUUCAGCACAUUACACAAGUAAAAGCUCAAUGAAGAUGACAGCAGCAGUUAAAAAAAAAUAACUGAUUUGCACUACACAGGUUUAUAUUGAAAUACAGUGUCAAACAACCCACAAAGUUGGAAGAACCAGACCUGCUUUUGUAUAUGAGGACAUAAACUCAUAACCAGCAUAACCUUUUAGUCUUUAUUUUUUAGUACUAUGAUAUACAUACUUCUAAUUGUGAUAAACAUGUAAAUGAUUCGGGCUUUUUAAAAAUACAGAUUUGUUUAAUCAACAUAUUAACCAACAUUUUUAAUCAACAUUGUCUUUUUAACUCAUUUUUUUAUUAUAGUAUUUGAAUUGUAAGCUUGUAAACACAUUAGUUUACAUUAUAAGCACACUUAUCAAGUUCUAUUCUGGCAUGAUAUUAUUUUCUUGUGAUACUGAAGCUUAAAUGGUCAUAGCAUUUUGUAAAUAGUUGCUUUCUUCCACAAGAAUUGUCAUAGUCAUAGUCAUAGUCAUAGUACAGUAUUUUAUUAAUAAUACAUAGUGCCCUUCAGAUUUACUGAUUUCUUAUUUAAUUUUAUGUUUAUUUUAGUAGAAAACAUUUAGACAAAUAAACAGAAGAUAAUUUUAUCAAGUUAAAGGUGAGGCUUAAUGACACUAAAAUAUAAGUCUUACUCUGAUAUUUGGUUAUAUUAUUCUUUUUAAAUAUCAUUCUUGCUGUAAAUUGGCUAAAUAAAAGAUCAAUAAUUUUGUUAUGUAAUUUAUUUUUCCCCACCUACUGGUGUUCAUUAGCAAAGUGCCAGUAUAGAAAACAUACAUGUUUAAUGCUUGCAUUUUAUUUCAUGAUAUCAUGUGAUUAUUGUAUUUUAUUUUUCAUAGCCUUUUGGUUUAGGAUUAUUAAUAUAAAUAAAACAACAUUUUGUGGCUUGUUUCUUUUUCCUGUGGUUUUCUUUCUCUUCUCCUUUACUUCUUUCAGUCCCCACCAGUCUUUUUUGGACUAGAUCUUUAAGCAGCUGCAUCUGUCAAGCAUGCAUGGAUUUCAAACUUCUUGCAUGUAUGUACUGUAUGUACUGAAUGUGCAAAAUAAGCCCUGAAAGAAAUCCUGCUUAUGAGAUACAGUAUGCAUUAUGUGGCUUUCAGUUUGCUAUGAGCUGUGCAUAUUUGUGCAUAUAAUUGAUUUACUUUUUAUACAGGCUGUGAUGUCUGGUACAGGAUCUCUGAUAUACAUACUUAGCUAAAAAAAAAUAAAAAUAAAAACAUUUUGAUCAGUAAA